ACGCAUUCCGUCGCUGUCCACCGCGACCGCCGCUCGUGUCGCGGUUGUCGCCGCUUCUGCUCUAGCGGACGAACAAAAUAAUAGUGACUUUUCAAUAGUGCUGCAAUCCUAAACACCGGUUGUGUCAAAUGAAAUUUCGCAAAACUGUUUCCCCUAAAUCUGAAUGUUACAUUUGUUAGUGUAUUUAGUAAGCAGACAAGUGCAUUGAGUAAGUGUGGAGAGGGCUGCAUUCCAAACCGGUGUCGUUCUUUAACAGGCAAGGUUGGUAACUCUCUGCCUAUGUUUUGAAGUUAUUGGACGACGCAUAAGCGACGCUUACGCUUUUCUAUGAACUGAAAUCGUGUGAACAGUGGUAAAUGAGGUCUCCAUUCAGAAUGUAAUAAAACGUUGCAAAAAGUGAAUCUAUUCAAGAGGAAAAAUGGCUGGUGGCGCACUGAGUGAAAACGACCGCCAUUGCCUAGAAACUGGAGUAAAAAGUCAAUCUGAGUGUUUGCAAGAUACAGAAAAACAAAGUGAAUGCAAAUCUAAUGGACUGCGCGUCCGUUUCCUAGAUGAAGAAGGCAAAACGGAGAGGACAGUCAGCGCCGAUGAAACCGACGCUGUCGUGUCGCGUGUCAAGAAAAUACACAUUCUCAAGAACAGGAGUUCGAGCGAAACUAGCAUUCUCCUAAGAAACCCGUCUUUGAUGAAGAGACGGUCGACUGCCGAGCGACGGCUUAGCGAUGGCCAAACUGGAAAUCUUAAUAAUAAUUCGCUCUCCGAAAACCUCAACGGCCGUGUAAAGGCCCGAAACAAAGACACCGAAAAAAUUGAUAAGACUGAGCAGGCAGGUGAUCAAACCAAAGAUAUUAUUGGCCAGACCUUUAAGAAAAACAGCAAUGUAUACAGCGUAAACCAAGCAAAGACCUUAACACCGGAAAAGAAAAAAUCUUUGCCGAUACUUAUGCCUAAAUUAAAGGGUCAUAAGUUACACGAUACCUCUUCAGAAAAGUCGACUCUGCCAGCCGAAGGCUCCUUCGCUGAAAGUCACUCGGCUAAGGAUUUCACGUCUCGCACUAUCGGUCGCAUAUCCAAGGGCAUCGGGCGGCUGCUGCGCCGCACCAACAGCGUUCGCAUCAGCGAACCCGACCCCACCUACAAGGUGGCUUACCUCGGCAACGUCCUCACCGGCUGGGCUAGAGGAGAAAGCUGUGUCGAGAAACCUUUGGCAACCUUGUGGCGGAACUACCAGCAAUCUUCAAAGCCUGACGUGGUUAUGAAAUUGUCCGUUUCUAAUUCCGGCUUGAAAGGCGCCACCAAAGAGCACGGUCUCACUGAAUACUGGUCCCACCGAAUCACAUACUGUGCCAGUCCUCCUCAUUAUCCUAAACUUUUUUGCUGGGUAUAUCGCCACGAGGGGAAAAAACUGAAACAUGAACUGCGCUGUCACGCUGUUCUCUGCGCCAAAGAAACUGUCUCAAAAAAGAUCACGGAAGAACUCCAAAUUAAAGUAAAACAAGCACUUCUUGAAUUCAAAAAAGACCGGAUAUCGAAACAGAACGCCAGAUUAAGCCUUGCUAAUAGUGUAUAUGAUAAUCCAAGCAUGCCACGAAGAAAAAUUCUUCUGAGCGUCGGUGCAAUGAACUAUCGUCCACCUUUAGAGCGAUCAAAAUCCGCUCCAAAGCUUGGUGCUAUAGAAGAACUAUGUUCGGAGGAGGACGAAGAGGAAGCGGAAAUGAAUUCCAAGCAAAAUAUCUGUAAUGAUUGGGCAAGGAAUUCCUUAUCGGAGGAUUCUGCCACGAGUUACUGUUCUUCGCCAAUGUUACAACGCCUUAAGUCCCCACGCAAACUGUCCUGCCCGAGCGUAAUGCACAGGACACGCUCGCAUUCAGAUAGUGGCCCUGUCUCGGAUAAACUGAUUGACCUCCUUGUGCAGGAAAGUCUAAAAAAUAUGGACGAUAAUUUAAGCGAUAACGAAGCUAGUCAAAAUGAAGCCAAGAAACAGGAACAAAGAACGCAUACUUUAGAAUCGAUCUCCGAAUCAAGCGAAUUGCCUAAUAAUCCGACUUGCAUGGGCGAGAACAGAAAUUUGCAAUUAUUAUCUCAAAGUAACUUCCUCGUCACGGAUAGCGACGACGGAUCAGUUUCAUCGGGCUGCGAGACGGCCAGCACGGUGAACUCUGACGCCGAGCCGACCUCGUUACCAUCGCACUACGUUCAAGAUGAGGUUAAAGAAUCUUCAGAAAGCGUACAGAAGAUUGCUGCCUCGGAAAGGAUACAAAAUUUUGAAUGCAUCGGGAGUGAGGGCGGCUGCUCGAGUGCAGUUGAUGCUCAAAAUGAAGUAAACCUUGUGCCAAUUGGAGAAAAGAGUUCGUUCCGGCGCCGAUCGACAUAUCCACCACUACGCAUGAAUGCCGUGUUUAAUGAAUUCGAAGGCAAGUUUGAGUCGCUUAUUAACAAUGGCACAGACAUGGACAGUUUAAAUUCUAGCUCGGAAACGGACGUUUUUAAAAACUCAGGGGACAACGACAGUGCCUGCUCUGAUGAGUCUGGAUACUCGGAAAUACUCGAAAAUGGCAAAGAUAGUAUCAUCGGUAGUACUAUUAUGGUUUAAAAUAAAUAGUGAAAUCAAUUUAUAUUUUUCGGUGACUGUAUAAAUAAAACUCAUAUUUAAAAUGAAUAGCUCCAAAUGCACCGUAAUGUAGACAAAGGUUACUAAUAGUUAAUUCUUAAGCGAUUUAGUGUGGGCGCAUAGAAAAUUGUACAUGUUAAUUAUGUG